AUGGCCGAGGCUGCUGCUGACCAGCUCCGUCAACAGGUCUCCGAGUUGGUCAAGCUCUCGCGGGCCGGGUCGGUCAAGCGGCUGCGGAGCCGGUUGGAGGCGCUGAGCCACGAGGCGCCCGAGGUCGUCAACGCCCGAUGCGAUCCGGGCGGAUGGACCUGCUUGCACACAGCCGCCUACCAAGGCAAUAAGGGAUGCGUCCGCCUCCUCCUCGAGCAUGGCGCCAAGUCGACCAUCAGAACCCAUGCCGGCUAUCUUGCCAUCGACUAUGCCCGGCGCAAGGGCCAUGCCGAGAUAGAGGAGAUCCUUUACGAUGCUCUGCAGCGCGAGGUCGAGCUUGAGAACGAGCGUCGCCGGCUUGCUGCCGCCUCGACGCGCGUUUCCACCGGGUCAUAG